AUGAGGAAAAGUGUUCUUUUGAUCCUUCUUGUGUUGAUCGCAAUUUGUGCGGCUAAAUCGUCCAAGAACAAGAAACACAAGGAUGAGAAAAGCAAAAAACUUAAAGUAACCGACACUAAGAAACACAAGGACGAACCGAAAAAACACAAGACUAAGAACGAGCAUAAAGACAGCAGCAAGAAACAUCUUAAAGAUGCCAAGAAAAAACAAGACUUGAAGAAAAAAGAUGAAAAACCAAAGAUUUCGGAAGAUAAGGCCAUCAAUAAGACGGCAAAUAACAAGACCGAAAUUGUAGAAAAGAAAGAAAACAGCACCAAAGGUAAAUUGAAAUUUUGAAAAUCGAAUUCCAAGUUACGGGGAAACGCCGGUUCAAGAGCAAUGACUAUUAUGACGGGUACCGGGCAACUUUUCAAAAUAAAUUCAGUUCAUGCCAGGUGCUUAGGCUGGGGAGUUCUGUACUAUCCAGAUCUUCUGCGAAAAAUUGCAGCGAGUUCGGAUAGUAUUUUAUUAUAUUGCAAUCGAUAUUACAUUCAGUAUCCGAACAAGUAUCCUUCCUGGCAAGCGCGCAAUUUCACUGUCAUUGAGUUAACCCCGUGAAGUUAACCGGUGGAAAUGAUUGGUCAAAACAAAAGUACAUCUUCUGACAGGAAACACUAACUUCCACUCGUGUGUUGAUAUUCCUGUUCUUAUCUUUACCAUAGCUUUAACACAUUUUUUUAAAUAGCCUCAAUCACUAAGGAUAUAGAUUCACGUUAAAACAAAGCUGAAGUGGAAAAAGCUUUGAACCUCUUGAUCCGUAACUGACGCGGUGAGGUGAAGAUAUAGAUAACAGACUCGAUUAUUACUCAAUUUCAUCCAAGUAAUAUCUAAUCUAAGUCAUUUAACGAAAAACAAGUUCUUUUUCUCUUCUUGACAGGCGGUUUAUUGUUAAGCGCGUGAAAAGUGAUGCAAAAAUAAUCUAAGCGACAUGAAACGUCGGCUACGUGUUAUGACUGAAUGGUGUGGCCACAACUCAUCAACACCUCCAGGUCAUAACUCCACAGAGCCCUGUCACAGGGUUUGACUAAAAAUUCCGAGAUCUUACCUUACCCUUCCCUCCCUUAAAAAAAAUCUCAUCAUGAUCCACGAGGAGAUGGGCUGGCUCGGCUCAGUAUAAACCUUGAAAGGUCAAAGGCCACGUGGUAAAUGAUUAUCUCUAUACAAGCUGUCAUUUCGCGCCUGUGUGAACAUUUAGUCGUGCAGAAAUGUCAGCUGGGUAAGCGGGAUAAAAUUCCCUUAGAUAAUGGAUUACUAGAAAUUCGCCCUUCAAAUUGGACCCCUCCUCAUUUCGGGCUCAAUAAGAGGUCCUUAAAGGGCAAGGGUGUCUGCGAAUCAGGUGGCCGAGUCAAUGAACAAUUCGGAAAGCUAUGUAUAGUUUGCGAUAUAAGGUCAAUUUUAAGGGUUAACUCUUGCAAUGUACAUUUUUUAACCUUCUCGCUUUUCUAAAGUGUUCUUUUGUCUUCAUAACAGCAAUCCUCUCACAAAACCCACCUGCCGAUUGCCAGAAUAUCAUAGACGAUUAUUCCAAAGGAAAAUUGCUAAUGUACGAGUACAAAAUUCAGAUCAACCGGUGCAUGAAUAAAGCUAAGAGCGAUGCAGGUAAGUGGUUUGAUUGACUGACAGUUGAUUGACAGACAGAUGAUUGACAGUUUAUGGAUGGACAGCUAUACUUGCAUCUGAUGAUACAACGGGUUUUCAAAUUUGAGUUAUACUCAGGUAUAGGUAAUUAGCAUGUGGUUUUUAAAUCUUUGACCUGCGUGAAAAAAAAGUUAACAGGUAAUGUACACUUAUAAUAUCCUCAGUCAACUGAAUUUGUAGGAUUGAAGUGGAGGGGAGAGCUUCAAUAAGGCUAUUUUUUUCAUGCACAAACGGUUAGCGUUCGACACCAGCUGGAUGAAAACCUCUCGUGUCAGAAAAGUGUGUCUGGGAGUUAUUUCCUUUUAAACCUUUGAUCCCCAAACCGUUCACAUUUGCGCUGGAUCUACCUUGCAUUCCUCAUCAAGCUAACACAGAAUGCGUUAAGCCUGUUUCUAACAAACCUUUCCAUAAUCACAUAAGUCACGGUAACCCACUAACAACUAACGCUCAAAACAUUGUAUAACGCAUUAAUCACAGACGGCACAGCUGAUGCUGACGCAAAAUCAGCGCUGUUGCGUCCGGACAGUGAACCGACAGAAGACACUGACACGGAUCAAGCUGUCAAUGUGAGACCUUACAGCACCGAAGAACAAAAAGAGGACUUUGACGAAGACUCUGACACAGGUCAUAGCGAUUUUAGCGCGCAUGAUAACGAUAACGACGAUGAUUACAAUGAUGAUGAUGAUAAAAGUGACGAUUACGACGAACCGGAAGAAAACGCAGGUGAAAAUCUGGUUAGAACAAGUUUCAGGAGCUUAUAAAAUAUUUCCGCUGUGUUGAAGCCACGCUCUUAAUUAAUGCCGAAUAAUCUGUAACGGUGCUAAACCAGCUGUAACUACAUAUUAACUUGUUCGAUAAAAUGAUGGUAAUUGUAGACAAGAGAGGAAAGGAAUUUACAGUUGGGAAAAUUGCCAUUUGGAACCGAUUAACAAGUUUUAAUUACACGCUAUCUGUUGGUCAUCACAUGUAAGUUUGCAAGGAAAUACAAUAUUUGCGUUGCUUCGACCUCCUACAGUUUCAAACAAAAAGAACCAAAGAAACCCACAAUUAUGGCCUCAAAUGUGACAGGUUACAAAGGAGCCGUUAAUGUUAUUUAAUCUAAAAAUCAGUUUUUCUACACCUCUGUGUGCCUAAAUUUAGCUAAAAAGAUGCAAGUCCCUGCAACUACUGGUUACCAAGUUGCUGAUAUGACAGUCCAGAAUUACAACAUGCCAGUUCAACAGCCAGAAAUGCCAGCGCAACAAGCCGCCUUUUACUACCCCAAUACGGGUAAAUUAGUUUUCUUGUUCAAGCUCCUAUUUCAAAGGUUAAGUAAGAAUUGGCUGACCUUGCGAUAGAAGGAAAUUAAUUGAUGACUUACAAAAAUGGCCUAUACUCAAUCCAGAAUACGCUUGGACAUGGGCCAGGAAGACUAGGUCGAGUAUAUCGAGUCCAGGCUCAACGGUACACUCCCUGCGUAAAGUAACUAAAACUUCAUGGAAGUUCUAGUUUGUUUAAAUAGUUCUGCUUGGCUCUCGGCUUUUCUUUCACUAAGCACUUAUGGGAAAAUGUUUAGAUGUAUAAUGGAAUUUCAUAAAGAUAGGACAUAAAGGGAGGGAGCUGGUCAUUUCGCUACAUUUCUCUGGGAAGUUUACCUGCAAGCCUCAACCUUGUGUACUCGACUCAAGUUCCCUGCCACUGAAGUAACUGACAGAACUCGACGAUUAUUGACCGAGCGAUUUUGAAACAUAUAGAACCAGUUCAUACGGUGUAUACAGGACGAUUACCUCAACUCAGAGCUCAUCGCAAUCAUGAACUUUCAACCAUUGACAUGGACAAACCUAUGCAAAGAUACUUAACUUCACGGUGCAUCCAUCUUGCAUCUCUUUCCCAAAGCGAAGAAUAGAACGCAUUUCCAUUCCACCACAAAGGCAAUAGUUCACUUAUUGUCUUACAAACCGAUCAAACCUGAGGAAACAUAAGCACAAAUACUUUCAUUUCAUUUUGAUAGGAGAUUUCUUUAGUGUCUAAGCUUUGCAAUAAACUUGAAAUAUCGAAGUAUUCAUCAAGUUUCCAAAUAUUUUUUAGCCCAGACUCCAUAUAACGGAGCACCAGUUCAGAAUCCAGUUCCCGACCAGACUCAAGCAGCUUUCGCUCCAAAUCCUACGAACCAGUACCCAGCCAAUCCUGCUCCUUUCCAUUCCGCAGAUCCAAAUAUGGCCAUGAAUGCUAUGGCCAAGAACACCAUACCAGACGCUGAGACACAGGUUAGUUUAAAAAAAGAGAGAGAGAGAAAGAGUUCAUGAGAAUUAAUGAAGGUAACGAAUGUCUUACGUUCCGGUCCAGCAAUCUGAUAAGGGCAAAAUUUCCACCUCGCUCGCAAGGAACGACACUACCCCAUGUGACUGCCUUUUACUCCGGCAAUUUGUCCAAGUUUCUCGAGAUUGUUUGUAAGAAGUGCAACUACAUCUUAAGUAAGUUUGAAAAGCUUAGUUUUGAAAUUUUUUCUCUUAACUGAACAACAUAUUAUACGACUGCUGAUAUGAAGUUCAAUUACGGCUACCAUGCUCUUAUCAACUGAAUUGAAACUGGCGUUGGGAGUGGGAAGCAGUGUAGUGUUCGAACCAACCAAAAAUACAUUGUGUAAUUGAUACUUACUCUUGACCGCAAAAUUUCCUCAGAUACAGCAGCCCCCAGCAUCUCAAGCAAAUGCAGUGUUCGAUCAAUGGCGAGCCAGCAGUUUUGGUGCAGCAGCUGCAACCAAGAAGGACGAAACACCUAACGCUCCAGAAGCUCCCGGCAAUGACCAAUUCGCCGAGUUUAUGAAGAUGCAAGCUUCCACUGGUAACGUAGCGGAGGCAUCACCUAUAAGCCAGCAAGCAGCUAUUCCAGGGGCCAUGCAACAAAGAAGUGACGUUCCACAACAGCCAAAUUUGUUUCCCGCGCAGGCGCAGUUACCCAGCACUGUCCGUGGCCCAAGCCAAGCCUUUUACAUGCAACCUGAAGAGCAUGGUGAUUUCCCUGAAAACCCAUGAGAGAAAAAGUACUCGGUUUUGAUAUGAUCACUUUUGAGGGUAAUAAUGUAAUAACCUCACUCACUAUGUGAAGCUCUGAAGGGUGAAAAGCUUUUCUUAUUUGGAGGGGAAACAGCACAAUUUCCUAAAAAGGAGUUUCACUAACACGUGAUUAUUCUCAUGCAGUGACCCACAUGGAACCUUUCACCUCUUGCUCAUGAUAUCAAGUAAAUGUUGGUGGGCAGAAUGGGGCAGAUAACAACAACGAAAUAAAAGUGUCC